UAUAAUAUUAUUGUGCAAUUAUAUUUCUAAAAACGUAAAUAACCUCUAAGGAAGUUUUACACUAUUUCAUUGAAAUAUACAGAGGUAUAUCUUGGAAUUAUUUGUGAUAAAAUACGUAUGUGCAUUACAAGAUGGUUUGUGAAAAGUGCGAGGCAAAACUUGGCCGUAUAAUUACACCGGAUCCUUGGAAAGCUGGUGCAAGAAAUACUGUAGAAAGUGGAGGACGCAAAGUUGGGGAAAACAAAGCUUUAUCAGCAAACAAAACAAGAUUCAAUCCAUACACAUCUAAAUUUCAAGCAUGCAGAAUAUGUCGACAAGUAGUACAUCAAGCAGGAUCUUAUUAUUGUCAGUCAUGUGCAUAUAAAAAAGCCAUUUGUGCAAUGUGUGGAAAGAAAUUGAUGAACACAAAAAAUUAUAGACAGUCUGCUACAUAGAGCAUAUUAUAUUUAUAUAGAAUUAGUUUGUAU